GAUUUCCUUAUCAAAACUGAUGGUGAUUGCAUAUGAUUAAAUACUAAGAUAAAGAAAAAAUAAAUAGGUUGAAAAAUGUUAUUCCAGUUGUACUGUGAGUGGAAGUUUUGACAAAUCUUUACACUCAAAAUGAUUGCAGUUUAUUAUGUUACACUGUUUUUGUUUCCAGGAAUUGUUUUCUGUGGGUUGAGCAAUUAUAGCUUUCCUGACGAUUUUCAAUUUGGUGUUGCUACCGCAUCAUAUCAAGUGGAGGGUGGAUGGAAUGAAGGUGGAAGAACAGAAAGCAUAUGGGAUUAUGAACUCCACAAAAAUCCCAAUAUAACCGACGACAGAUCUAAUGGCGAUAUUGCCUGCGAUUCUUAUCAUAAAUGGAAAGAAGACAUACAGUUGGUUCAGAAUUUAGGUGUAGAUUUCUAUAGAUUUUCUAUUUCAUGGUCGAGACUUUUGCCAUCUGCAUCCAAAGGAUCGGAAUUGAGUAAAGAUGGUGUAAUGUAUUACAAUAAAAUUAUAGAUGAGUUAAUAGCUCGAAAAAUAGUGCCUUAUAUAACGAUAUUCCAUUGGGACACUCCUCAAUCAUUAGAAUUCAAUGGAGGAUGGUUGAACGAAACAAUAAUUGAGGAUUAUAUUUAUUAUGCAAGGACACUCUUUGACCUUUAUGGCGAUAGAGUUAAACAUUGGAUAACUUUCAAUGAACCUCAUCAAACUUGCGAACAAGGAUACUCGACAGGAGAAAAAGCUCCUUUCAAAAAAAUGCAAGGAACUGCAGAUUAUCUCUGUUACCAUCACAUGGCCAUCUCCCAUGGCAGAAUUUAUCGCAUUUACGAAACCGACUACAAGCCCACUCAAAAAGGACAAAUCGGAAUAACAAUUGAUUCCGUGUUUGGAGCACCAAAAACAAACAGCGAUUCGGAUAAGCAAGCUGCUGCUGAUUAUAUGGACUUCCAGUAUGGAUGGUUUGCACAUCCCAUCCUUUCUGGAAACUAUCCAGCCAAGAUGAUCGCAAAAAUUGCCGAUUUGAGCAAACAGCAAGGUUUGGCGAAAUCCAGAUUGCCGGAAUUCACGCAAGAAGAAAUAAAAAUGAUAAAUGGAAGUUUUGAUUUCUUGGGACUGAAUCAUUACACCACAAUAUUGUCCUCUUAUGGCGGAAAUUACCCAGUGCCGUCGCACAGGAAUGAUAUGGGAACUGUGGACUUCAGGGAUCCCUCUUGGAAGCCUUCGGCAGCAGAUUGGCUAUGGGAGGUACCGUGGGGCUUAAGGCAACUUUUGGUAUAUGUUAAAGAUCACUACAAUAACCCUCCUGUAUUGAUAACAGAAAACGGCUGGGCAAACAGAGGCAAAUACUUACAAGACUUAGAUCGCAUAGACUACAUCAAUUCUUAUCUCUCGGAAGUGUUGAAAGCAAUUCACGAAGAUGGCUGUAAAGUUAUAGGUUAUACAGCCUGGAGUCUCUUGGAUAAUUUCGAAUGGACUUACGGAUAUACAAUGAAAUUUGGAUUGGUUUACGUGGACUUCGAUAGCCAAAAUAGAACGAGAAUUCCCAGAGAUUCUUAUGAUGUAUAUAAAAAUAUUAUAUCAAAUAAAAGAUUGUAAUUUCAAUAUAACCUUAUCUGAAAAUUUUUAUAAAAAGUUAUUUUUAUAAAAAUAAUGUGUGUAGGUUCAAUUAAACCUUAGUAAGAAUAAUGAAUGAUAUUAUAAUUUGUAACAGUAUAAUAAAAAAUAAUAAAUCUCAACCUUCAUACUGCAA